GGUGCCUGUGUUUUCCAAAACAUGACCCUCAGCAGUCAAACACGUGAGGUGAUUAUUGAGCAGAGGAGUGAGCAGUUCUCCUGGAAAACCAUCUGGAACUACAACUCGGGCAUCAUUGCAACCAAAGUGGUGCAAGAGAGAACGUGCUACAUUUCCACCAUGAACAGAAAUGAGAUGCCCACCUUUGAUGCUCUCAUCAGAUAUGCUUCAGAGAACAAGAACCAGGUUGGCCUUGGAAGACCAACCAAGAAGAUCACCUUUGUCACCAAUGGAUUGGUCAACAACCUCAUGUCUUAUGGAGCUGCCUUUAGCACCAACAUCCCUCAGUUUCUGGCAUACUCAAAUCAGCCCUUAGUCCAUAAUCAGGUGCACAUUGGUCCAAAGCAUCACUGCAAGUUUACUGGGAAUCUCUGCUCUGCUUCUGAUGAUCAUUGUUUUCCAUUUAAAAGUGACUCUUCAAUACACUGA